AUGGAGUCCCCAGUUCAGAUCUUCCGCGGAGAUCCGGGCCCCACCUGCGCGCCGAGCACCUGCCUGCUCCCCAACGGCAGCGGCGGGGUCCCGGGCUGGGCCGAGCCCGACAGCAACAGCAGCGCGGGCUCCGAGGACACGCCGCUGGAGCCCGCGUACAUCUCCCCCGCCAUCCCGGUCAUCAUCACGGCGGUCUACUCCUUGGUGUUCGUCGUGGGCUUGGUGGGAAACUCCCUGGUCAUGUUCGUGAUCAUCCGAUACACUAAGAUGAAGACGGCGACCAACAUUUAUAUAUUUAACCUGGCUUUGGCUGAUGCUUUAGUUACUACCACCAUGCCCUUCCAGAGCACAGUUUAUCUGAUGAAUUCCUGGCCCUUUGGGGAUGUGCUAUGCAAGAUAGUCAUUUCCAUUGACUACUACAACAUGUUUACCAGCAUUUUCACCUUGACCAUGAUGAGUGUGGACCGGUAUAUUGCUGUGUGCCACCCUGUCAAGGCGUUGGACUUUCGCACACCCUUGAAGGCAAAGAUCAUCAAUAUCUGUAUUUGGCUCCUGUCUUCAUCUGUUGGCAUAUCCGCGAUUGUCCUUGGAGGAACCAAAGUCAGGGAAGACUUGGAUGUCAUCGAGUGCUCCUUGCAGUUCCCGGAUGACGAUUACUCGUGGUGGGACCUCUUCAUGAAAAUCUGCGUCUUCGUCUUUGCCUUUGUGAUCCCCGUCAUCAUCAUCAUCAUCUGCUACACCCUGAUGAUCCUGCGCUUAAAGAGCGUCCGGCUCCUCUCCGGCUCCCGAGAGAAAGAUCGCAACCUGCGGCGAAUCACCAGGCUGGUCCUGGUGGUGGUGGCCGUCUUCAUCAUCUGCUGGACGCCCAUCCACAUCUUCAUUCUCGUGGAGGCGCUGGGGAGCACCUCGCACAGCACGGCUGCCCUCUCCAGCUACUACUUCUGCAUCGCCCUGGGUUACACCAACAGCAGCCUGAACCCCAUCCUCUACGCCUUCCUCGACGAAAAUUUCAAGCGGUGUUUCAGGGACUUCUGCUUUCCAAUCAAGAUGAGGAUGGAGCGGCAGAGCACUAGCAGGGUCAGAAAUACGGUUCAGGAUCCUGCCUACGUGAGGGAUGUCGAUGGGAUCAAUAAACCAGUAUGA